AAAAUAAAUUGAGGUGCAGGAAAAGUAAUAAUUCCCACCUCCGAAAGAAAAGGAGGGAAUAAUCGGUACGCCGAACCCCCUCUCCUCUCUCCCUAGCGCUCUCAGAUCCUCAGUUCCUCGAUCAGAUCCCACCAAACCCUACACUCCUCCACGAAUUCGCGAUCUCAGGAGCUCCAAAUCGAGCUCCGAUUCACCUGCUGUAGCCCUAAUUCGGCGAUCUAGGGUUUGGAUCUGGCGGAGAUGGAGGUGGCUGCGAAGCUGCGGCGCGGGAUCUCGCGCCAGUUCUCCAUGGGGUCGUCGGCGAUACGCCGCGACGGCGGCGGCGGCGGCCUUUUAGGGUUCCGGCGGCAGGCGUCGGCGCGGUUCGCCUUCGGGCGGCAGGCGUCGGCGCGGUUCGCCUUCGGGCGGCAGUCGUCGCUCGACCCGAACCGGCGGAGCCCCGUGAGGGAGGCGGCGGAGCUGGCGGUGCCGGAGAACCUGGACGCCACCAUGCAGCUGCUCUUCUUGGCCUGCCGCGGCGACACGAAGGGGGUCGAGGACCUCCUGAAGGACGGAGUCGAUGUGAACAGCAUCGAUUUGGAUGGUCGCACCGCGCUGCACAUCGCGGCGUGCGAGGGGCACGCGGACGUCGUUAGGCUUUUGCUCAGUUACAGGGCCAACAUCGAUGCCAGGGAUCGCUGGGGGAGCACGGCGGCUGCAGAUGCUAAGUAUUAUGGCCAUGUUGAAGUAUACAAUCUCUUAAGAUCUAGAGGAGCCAAGGCUCCGAAAACCAGAAAGACUCCAAUGACUGUCUCGAAUCCUCGAGAUGUUCCAGAAUACGAGCUGAACCCGCUAGAGCUUGAGUUCCGGAGAGGCGAAGAACUCUCAAAGGGCAUGUAUCAAGUGGCUAAAUGGAAUGGAACAAAGGUUUCUGUGAAGAUUCUUGACAAGGAAGCCUAUUCGGAUCCAGAUAGCAUAAAUGCCUUCAAAAAUGAGCUCACUCUAUUGGAGAAGGUUCGACACCCUAAUGUGGUCCAGUUUGUGGGAGCUGUUACACAAAAUAUACCUAUGAUGAUUGUCUCGGAGUACCUUCAAAAUGGUGAUUUAGGAAGUUAUCUUCAAAGGAAAGGGCGCAUAGACACCUAUAAAGCUCUGAAAUUCGCCCUUGAUAUUGCCAGGGGCAUGAAUUAUCUUCAUGAAUGCAAACCAGAUCCAAUCAUCCACUGUAAUUUAAAGCCAAAAAAUAUUUUUCGGGAUGAUGGUGGUGGCCGUUUGAAGGUAGCGGGCUUUGGGUUGAUUAGUAUACAGAAAAUGUCCACAGACAAAUUUAAAUCAGCACAUCCAAUCACACCUGAUGACAGUGUAUAUGUGGCACCUGAGAUUUACAAGAAUGAAAUAUUUGACAGAGGUGUCGAUUCAUUCUCAUUUGGUCUCAUUCUCUAUGAGAUGAUUGAAGGCACACCUCCUUUCCACCCCAAGUCUCCAGAAGACGCCGCUAAGAUGAUCUGCUUGGAAGGAUUGAGACCACAGUUGAAGAACAAAUCUAAAAGCUAUUUUCCUGAAUUAAAGGAAUUGAUAGAGGAGUGUUGGAAUCCACAGCCUGAAGUGAGGCCAACAUUUGCAGAGAUAAUUAUCCGUCUGAAGAAAAUACAUGCCAAUUCUUCUAAACAGAGUCGGUGGAGGGACAAUUUUAAACUCCCAUGGAAAUAGAGCAGAGGAAGGUUGGUGCUCGGUUGAUUCUCCCCAGAUUGUUGUGCCAUUAGUAGCAAAAUAAUUUUCUGCGAAUAAUAAGGUGCUCUGCAAUGAAUAGACAGAUUUUCAUGCGAAGGAGCUGAAAGAGUUCCGUUGUUGUAUGAAUUGUAAUUAAUUCAUGUAUCCCUAUUAGGUACUUUUCUUUUUAUCGAUGCUACUAUCAAACAUUUGCUAUCUCAAAAGACAAUAACUCGUCUUUCACUCUUCGAGUUUUUCAUCA